CAGACGUGUUGUGUGACGUGGCACGGGGGGCGGAAGAGCUUGUUUGUGUUUUGGUUCUAAGGGGAAGUUGCGAGAAGAAAGGAAGGAGGAGACGUGACGGGAUUGUUGAAAUUAUUUUUCUUGGUUUCUCCAGCAUCACCUCACGACAGUGUCCCGGGUUCCGUGUGUAAAUACCACGGCGGCGGUAUUUAAAGUUCAAAACAUCGUCUGGCUCUCAGCAGAAGUCCUGAUAGUGAGGUUUGACACACAGGACAACGGGGGAUCUGACUAGGUCAUGGCCAAUCGGGGAGGAGCAACAAGACCCAAUGGACCCAAUGCAGGGAACAAGAUCUGUCAGUUUAAGCUGGUGCUGUUGGGGGAGUCAGCUGUUGGGAAGUCCAGCUUAGUGCUUCGCUUCGUCAAGGGCCAGUUCCAUGAAUUCCAGGAAAGCACAAUAGGAGCGGCCUUUCUCACCCAGACAGUUUGUCUAGAUGACACAACAGUGAAAUUUGAAAUCUGGGACACUGCAGGUCAGGAGCGUUACCACAGUUUGGCACCCAUGUAUUACAGAGGAGCACAGGCUGCCAUUGUGGUCUAUGACAUCACAAACGAGGAGUCCUUUGCACGGGCAAAGAACUGGGUGAAGGAGCUGCAGAGACAAGCUAGCCCUAAUAUAGUCAUCGCUCUGUCAGGCAACAAAGCUGACCUGGCCAACAAGAGAGCUGUCGACUUCCAGGAUGCCCAGUCCUACGCAGAUGACAACAGCUUACUUUUCAUGGAGACGUCGGCUAAGACAUCUAUGAAUGUGAAUGAGAUAUUUAUGGCUAUUGCAAAGAGAUUGCCGAAGAGUGAGCCUCAGGCUGCAGGAGCCAGCAGUGGGCGGAACCGGGGAGUGAUCCUGACAGGACAUGACCAGCCAGGCAACGCUUCAUGCUGCAGUAACUAACGUGAAGAAUACCCCCCCCACACACACACCCCACCCCCAACCACCAACCAACCUGUAUAGCAGUAACUAAAGCGGCUGAUGCCCUGAAUGCCACUGCAGUUACUAAUGCAAUGUCUUGUACUCUUAUCUCCAAUCCUCUGAUCGGCAAAACAAGAAAAGAUGCCCUGUGCCCGGCUUUCAUUUUGCAGUAGAGAAGGCAAUGCCAUUACACUCAUCUCUCAACAUGGCUCUGACUCUUUUCCUACAUCAUGGUUCUGCUGCUACCUGGUGAAGCCUCCUAACCAUUGUUUCUUAUUUUCUGCCAUCUAGCUUGUUACAUCUAUCACUUAUUAUUGAUAGAUGAAUGGCAGCAGAUCUUAGAGAAUAUUAGUGCACCCUUCCUUCCAUCAUCUUUCUUCUAAUGUGUAGAUAUGAGUUUCAUUUAGAGGAAGUGGUCACUUCCCUUUUCUGGGAUAGCUUAAGACUUUACUACAGCAUUUCUAAAACCAGUCUUCUGUUUUUGUUCAUUUUUUGAUAAUUUUGUUAAUUAUUUUUUGUUGUAAUUUUGUCAAAAUUAUGGAUGCACAUACUUGUAUACUUACAUGGCCUAAAAUAGAAAAUCAAAAAACUGUGUUUUACUUUUGUCUGCAGUAGCACAGAAAAAAAAGUCUAUUAGAGAAGAGGAGUGUAUUCUGUGUAUUCUUAUGAAUCUGAGAAAGAGGAAGGGCAGAGGGUGGAGACAGACAGAGAGGAACCCAAAACUUUAUGCCACUCUUUUGUAACUGGGACCCUUUUAUCUGAAAGUUUAAAAACAGUAGUAGAUUGUA